AGCAGACAAGAAUGCCAAUGGAAGAUGCUACAUGCUAGCGGAGCGUUUUAAAGGGUUUUGAAACACGCAAAUAUGUGUUUGAUUCAAGGUGCCACUGAUUUUUGGGUUUGAGUAACAAAUGGUGUAUUGGAAUUCUAAGAUGUUAAGUCAAGAGGAUCAACAUUUUUCAUCACAUGAACAUGGUUUUAAAAGUUGAUAGGUUUGGCCUGCCGAGGUCUCAGACAUUCUGAGUCAUGAGAGAUGUGUAAUUCUAGUGAUAGAAGUUCUCUCUCGAUGUGGUUUGGAAGUCACAAAGUCAUUGGUCCCAUUGCUGAAUAACCACUAGUUCCAUGCAACAUAAAAACACCAUACAAACAAAAACAAAGUGAAGAGGAGCAAGUUUCCAUCGUAUGAAAUUAGAGAAUCUUGAGAUGGAAGGUUUCAUAGUAUGUAUUUCAGCCAGUCUGAAGAUAUGAGAAUUUCUAGUGCUGACCAGGUGUGCAACUACAUGGAGAUGGAAGCCAACAAUGAAAUAAAGUCGAGAAGAGCACAGUUUCCACCGUAUGAAACUGGAAGGUUUUGAAAAUUAAGAGCAACAAUUUCCAUUAAUUAGAGAAUCUUGUGGAUAUGGUUGGUUUUCAAGUAUUUCAGUGUCUGACAAGAUGAGAAUUUCAGGUGCUGACCAAGGGCUUUACUACAUGGAGAUGGAUAAGGAAGCAAUUAAUCAAGUAAACGUAGGCACUAGAUGGACAAGGAAGCUGUUAAUACGUGGAAGUCAUUAAUGAAGUAAAUGGAGAUAAACACAAGGAAGAUACUAUUUUUAAGCUAAUUUUUGGUUAAGACGAAAUUUAACAGACAAGGAAGACAUGGAACUAUUUCAAUCAGACAAGGAAACCGUGGAACUAAUUCAGCGAGUAUAUUCGUACUGACAAUGAGAAUUUCUAUAUCUUGCAAACAGUAUAUACCAUACGUACUGUAGUGUAUCCUAAUGAUUCUAUACUAGUAAUGCAACGCAGGUAUUCAAAGCUUCAGAACAGUUUGGAGAGGCCGGCCCGCCACGUCCUCGUAUGGGAGAGGCCAGCUCACCACGUCCUCGUAUGGGAGAGGCCAGCUCACCACGUCCUCGUAUGGGAGAGGCCAGCUCGCCACGUCCUCGUAUGGGAGAGGCCGGCCCGCCACGUCCUCGUAUGGGAGAGGCCGGCCCGCCACGUCCUCGUUAAGGGGAGGCCGGCACGCCACGUCCUCGUUAAGGGGAGGCCGGCCCGCCACGUCCUCGUUAAGGGGAGGCCGGCCCGCCACGUCCUCGUUAAGGGGAGGCCGGCCCGCCACGUCCGCGUUAAGGGGAGGCCGGCCCGCCACGUCCGCGUUAAGGGGAGGCCGGCCCGCCACGUCCGCGUUAAGGGGAGGCCGGCCCGCCACGUCCGCGUUAAGGGGAGGCCGGCCCGCCACGUCCUCGUUAAGGGGAGGCCGGCCCGCCACGUCCGCGUUAAGGGGAGGCCGGGCCCGCCCACCGCCCGUUAA